UUUCUGUUGUUGCUGUUAUUCUACUUGGUCAACUUUAUCUAUUUAUGAUUAAUUUGUUUUAAAUAGAUCAUAUUUCACGUUCUGUGUUCUGUAAAUUUCUUUAAAAAAUGCUGACUAUUUUCAUUUCCUUUCCAUAACAAUUAAAAAUAUUUGUAUACAAUUCUCAAAAAGACCAGAAUUCUCAUCAAAAGUAAGAAAUAUAUAGAUAAAGUGUAAUGACGCAAGGUUUGUGUCUUUAAUUCUGGACUUUUGACCAAGUCCGCUUCCUGUACACGUCCGAUGUGGUAUCUGGGAUUGUAGUUCAAUAAGGAUGCAGAAUAGUGAACUUAAAUGAAUAUAAAGACUUCAUCCUCCACAAAGCAGAGCGCGCGGAGGGCUUUUGUUGUAGCCGCUCGUGUCCUUCGCGAGCGUUCCGUCGCUGUGGUUGAAGUCCGCUGAUCUGACAGCUGAGUGGAUGCAGCACUUCAUGCUCUCUGUGGGUUUAGAUAUCAGCGUUUUUUAUUCAGGUCAUCCUCAGAGCAGCGCACUGACAAUUACCAACGAACCCUGCUCCCAAUGUUUACUUCUCCAGCAUGUCUUCUUCAGCCAGGAAUAACUCAUGUUUUGCUGUGUGGAGGAUAAUUGUAUGAUAGAUAUGUUAGAGAGGCAUCAUGUUUGCUCGGCAUAUAUUCAAACUGCUGUACGGAUGAUAUAAAAGCAGCUGUACUCUGAACAGUUGGAGGUUCCUCUCUCGGGCAGCGUUCUGUUGUCGACAAUUUCAGAUCUUCGGCUCCAUGAUGGCGAUGUUUCGGAGCUUUGUCUCGGCGAGCACCCAACUCCGCCAGCAGCAACAGCAGCAGCAGCAUCCUAGCAGCGGCUCGGGUCCGCUGGCUGCCCCGGCUGAAGGCAUCGAGAGCCAGUUCUCCUGUCCCAUCUGCCUGGAGGUCUACCACAAACCCGUCAGCAUCGCCAGCUGUGCUCACACGUAAAUCAGCUCCUCAUUGUUCGGACGUGUGUUAUUGUGUGUGGACAUGCAGAAAGUUACGAUGAAGCAUGCAGGUCAUUUUCUCACAUGUUGUGUUUAGUAUUUUUGGAGAGGCUGGUCUGAGGGGGACUAUUUGUUCUAAUACUAUCUUUUUUAGAAAUACCUCCCAGAGAAUGACAUUUUCUCACACCUUUGAAUGAUAGCCAGCCCAUCACUAAAGGUUUGAGGCAUCGCAAAUACCAGGGGUGAUAACAGUUUUGGAAAUUUAAAUGGUAUGCACCCAUGUUUUUGUGUCUCUGCAACAAAGAAAUAACUAGUGAACAGAGUGCACUACACGAAUGUGUCAGCUAUUAAAUUGCAGUGUAUUAGUAUGGUUAUGCCUAUGAAAGGAGGAGAUAGCUUCAACAUUAUGCCCAUUUGUUGUAACAAACUGAGCCCUUAUUAGAUUCCCAUCACCAUGGAUCAACUUAAAUCUUUCAGAGUUGGUUUAUCAUCAAAUGAAGAUCAAGCCAGCAGACCUCAUAAAUCCAGUAUCAGACCUAGAUGGGUGUGUUAAGUUGACCCUGUCCUCUACAUUCAAUCGUGCACUGACAGUGUGAUGUUAGAUGGUUAUUUCUCACUACAAUGAGAAGAGUAUUUCAACUUUAGUAAACUAAAGAUUUGGCUCUUGAAAUCGAAUCAUCUUAUUGUCUUAAGUUAUGCCUGUGUGAUCAAAAUGAACUGCUUCCUUGAAACAAAAGACUGUAUGUAUGCAGCCAGGCUGUGAUGCUGUACAGAGUUGACAUAUCAAUGCAGACAGGGUAUGUGAGAUAUCAUGUACUCACAUGGCAUUCAUUAAGAUGCUGUGAAGUUGAUGAACAGAAAAUGAAAGCUACGCUAUGAUUUUGCAGUUUAUUGUGUCACUUGUUGUUAAUUCCAAAUCAGAACAGUGUUCAAAUUCAUUAGCAUGUUUAAAAUGGGUGAAGUGAGUUUGUUUUCAUUGGCUUUUUGACACUUUCAUGUUCAAACCAACAAACAUAAAUCUGGGUUACCUGUCUGUAGAACAUUCGCCACCUCUGCAGAGAUACUGGUUUGUCCCAGUCCAGUGAUGGCACCUGAGUCUCAGUCUCCUGAUAAUACAGAAGCUCUUUUCUGAUAGGAGACAUUAUGUAUCAGAGAGGUGGCCUGUCUGUUUUCCACGCAUACAAGCAUCUCUGCACUGAUGCGCCUAAAGAAAUACAAAUAUAAAGAGCUGCAAAGUCAUUUUACAAGAAGAGGGUUAAUGUUGAAAUGCUGCUGUUUGGUAGAUUGUAGUCUAAGACAAACAAGAGUCGAAGGCAUCAGGCUACAAGACCAAAGACAACAUGAACAACAAAGAGCAGACUGGCCCUCUGUUCUAUUUGUAGUUUGAAAUACAGCUAUUUUUACACUCCUGCUGCUGCUGAUGGUGAUUUAAGGAAACACUAACACUAACCCUUACUUUUCCCGGGCUCAUACUACAAACAUAGCUCUAAAGGGAAGCAGCUGGUGACCUCUUUACUUAGUUUCAAAUAUAUAUAUAUAUAUAUAUAUAUAGUUACUCAGUAAAUUAAUGAAACAACCCAGAUGUGGUCAUUUUCACUAAUUUCCUUUCAGUGUCAACCACAGAUUUUCUUUACAAAGACACAGUGCAGUGUGUGUUACACAUUCAAUUCCCUAACUAUCAGAAGAUUGAGAUAGAUUCAAAUGAUUUGUCUUGCUCCUCCAAUCAAAACCCUGAAUACAUUUGAAAUGUAAUUUAAAUGCAGCUGGAGGUGAACCUGCUGCUCAGGCCUGUGGUAGCUGUGGUAUUUAUAAGGCAUCAUAAAGCAAAUUGAUAUGACAGGAACAAAGUUGAUACCUUUAUAGUCACCCUCUAUUUAUAUUUAAUGUUUAAAUAUUGAUGCUAUUUAAAAGUCCACUGUAAUAAAGCGGUGACAGAUUUGAUCAUUUGCUGUAAUCCAUGCUAAAAAGUGGCCUUUCCUCUUUCUUUGUUUCACAUUUUUGAGACCCUCUUGAUAAAAAAUUGUCUUUAAUUUUCCUACUGAUUCAAUAAACACAAUCAACAAAAAUAGAAAUGACUGCUGGGGGGGGGGGGGUGUUCUGGCAGAGUGCUCAUUAGCAUCACUGUACUUUCAUUCAACUAGGACUUAACAUAUUUGUAUCUCUGCUGUCUCUUUAGGUUUUGUGGGGAAUGUCUUCAGCCAUGUCUUCAAGUCACCUCACCCCUCUGCCCUCUCUGUCGUGUCCCCUUUGACCCCAAGAAAGUCGAACGCUCCUCCAGUGUGGAAAAGCAGCUGGCCUCUUACAAAGCACCCUGUAGGGGUUGUAGCAAGAAGGUAGAUAUUAAACCUUUUUAUCCUCAUGCUCAAAAGUAGAUGAAGAAGAAGAACUUAAGUGAUUUUUAGUGAUUUAGUGAAAUUCAAUCGCCUAUGUUAUUAGUUCAUGAUUGUUAUCUGUUCAGCUGGCAGGUUAAGCAGGUGUUUCACGGUUGAAAUCAUGAUUUUAAAGUCAACCAUGUUUGAGGUGUUGAUGGAUGCACAGAGAUAGAAGUCAUUCAGGUUUACUUUAAAUCACUGUAAGAAGGCUGAAAUAAUUACUAAUUAGGUCGUUGUGACCAAAUGAGAGCCAAACCUUCAUACUGGAAAGUGUGUUAUUGUGUAACUAUGGUAUAAUCAUAUUAUCUGUAUGUGCGUGUUUGUGUGUGUGUUUUCAGGUGACUCUGGUAAAGAUGAGGUCUCACAUUACUUCCUGCACUAAAGUACAGGAGCAACUCGCCAAUUGUCCCAAGUUUGUUCCUGUUGUACCCACCUCCCAACCUAUACCAAGGUACACACCCUCUGACUAUGUCCACACUUCAAGUUUCCAACCUGCACUGUUGUCAGUGAUUUCCCACUCCUGGUGACAUGACCUGCUGUAUAUGUAUUCUGACUUUGUGGAAAUACUCUCUUUGUCGAAAUAGCCUACAUGGAUAAAACACCUGAACAUAUCUGAUUAAUUGCACACGUAGGGUGUGAAACCAUCCAACAGAAGGUUCAAAGCUUGAUACAGAUCUUUAGUAAUUCAUACUUCUUGUGUGCUUUUGUGUGACUCUUUGUGUAUGUGUGUCCUCUCAUGUGUAGCAAUAUCCCGAACCGGUCAACAUUUGUGUGUCCGUUCUGUGGGGCCAGAAACUUGGACCAGCAGGAACUGGUGAAGCACUGUAUGGAAAACCACCGUAAUGACCCUAAUAAAGUGGUAAGAGUGGAUUAUGAAGGCUUCUGUGAGGAACUUAUUGUUUGUGAUGAUGUUGAUGAACAAAAUAAUAACUUGGCUUAUCUUGUUCCAUUUAUGGGUAAAUCCUGUUUUUUGACUCAAAUGUACAUUCUGCUUUUUUUUAAUAAUUAUAUGUUUCACUCAUCAUGAGUAUUUGCUGUGGAAAAAGUAAGAAAAAGGGCAUUUCUUGGAGGUAGAGCCCUGUCUGUUACCUACCAACUUUUAGCAUUUAUGUGAAAAGUAUAAAAUAGAAACUGUCAGUUACUUUCCCAUUAAUCAGGUAUGGUUUAUAUGCCAUAAAGAGGCCGUAUAAUUCAUUUCAGUCCGUUUGUUGUCAUGACCCAGCUCAGAGCCAUGACAAAAUACAAGGAGAUGUUUGGUUUUGACUAAAAUAAUGAAAUGAUCUUAUGACAAAAGAUGAAUUGAAGAUGAACAACUCAAAUUAACGGCAACUUAACUAACAGAGGAUUUAACUAAACCAAAACAUGCUGUAGUGCGCCGAGGACCUACAGUGCAGGGUAGAGCAGAGCAGUGGGAGAACAAGCUAAUGGCCAGCUCUUGUACACCUGGUGGACUGAACAGGUCCACCCAGAUGUGUCAAACCCCACCUCCUAACCUGCAGGGGAAGAAAAGACAAUAGUAAAAGGUUCACACAUAAAACACUAGCAGGCCCUAGAGGCAGGAGGCCGUCACUCUGUAACCUCUUGAAAACUCCUCACAGGAGCUUUAAAUUGCUCCCUGUCUCCCUCUUCCCCGUGGUCUAGCUGCAGCACUCUGCCUGUUGACAUAUUUUGAGCAGCAAGGUCUCUCACAAGCCAAAGCAAUCAAGCAGGUAGCACUAAAAUGAUGAAAGAAAAGAAGCACUGAAUUUGAGAAGCACUUUCUUAGACUAAACUGUGUGUUAAUACUUUCAGGUGUGUCCAGUGUGUUCAGCUAUGCCAUGGGGAGACCCCAGCUACAAAAGCUCCAACUUCCUCCAGCACCUCCUCCACAGACACAAAUUCUCCUAUGACACAUUUGUUGUAAGUCCAAUACCGAUAAAAUUUGUCAUUUUGUGGUCUAGUUCUAUAUCUGCCAAUUAAAACAGAUGAGUUCUAGACCAUAAGUGGUCCACUCUGAGAAAAUUUGCAUGUACUGAUCCUAACAAAGUCUCAAAACAAAACAGAAAUAAGAAUAACUUGGUUGAUGUGAGUGUUAGCUUUGAUUGAAGUUUGUCUUGUUGUAAUCAAAUAUUCUCUCAUGGUCUUUUGUCUUUUUUAUGAAAGGAGGGCUUCAUUCUGUGGUUUGCAGUGGCUGUCAGCUGUUGUUUUUGUGUUUGUCAGGACUACAGCAUUGAUGAAGAGGCAGCACUGCAGGCAGCUCUGGCACUAUCACUGGCUGAAAACUGACAGCAGUCACACCAUCACCAUCCUCUCACUGUUAACCCCAACUCCACUGUUGCUGCACUGCUUCUGCUCCUCCGUGGCUCAGAACGUAUCAUCCAGUCAACAGACUCACCUGAUCCAGCCAGGCUCACACUCUCUCCACAGAAAACCACAUCACAUUUCCAGUCAGCUGCAGAUGCGGUGACAACCUCACUCCAUUUUAGGCCAAGGAUGUAUGUCCUGUUGUCGCAGAACAGCUGGUUUUCUGUGCUACAGUGCAAAAGCACUACAGAAAUGUCAACUGUCGUUUUUGGAUUUGAAGAAAGAGAACUUCCUGAUGGUUUGGAGGGGAUCCAGUGACCUUAUCAGAACAAGGGUAGUUGCUCGGGCCAAUAAUAACACUCACUCACUGACCCCCAAAACAAAGCAUCCACUCACAGCUACCAUCCAGACCACCACAGCAUGAAGGGCUACCUCCAUGGUGAAACUGUCUCGUCUUUGAGCCCCAAAAUGUUGGAACCUGUUGACUCUAAAACCCUUAUCAGUGGUUCAGGUCUUUUACCACCAGCCACAUGCUAUGAUGUCCUAGCGUUUGGUUUUCACUGUCAGUAACUAGGCGGAUAUAAAGCUUGAAAUAGUGAGGAAACAGGCUCUGUCUUCCCAUUUAGAGCGGUCUACAAGGGGCCAGUUUGAAAUGGCAGCUCAAUCCAGGAGCAGAUUUGAAGCUUUCUACACAGAUGUAAAAAGAGGUCUGGUAGAAAACACAAUGGAUCAGGAGUUCAAAAUUAGCAUUCACUAUGUGACAAAAUAACCACACAAGAGCAAAGACGUGUAAUUCAGAAAUCAGCAGCAGGAGUCUGUCCUCUUACCUAGAGUAUGCAUAGGUUAAUGUCUACAUUUUCAGGAUAGUUGCUGACUGAGCUGCAGGUCGAUAUGUAAACAGGAAAUAUUUCUUCAUAGAUGACCCCAAACUUCAGAUUUCCUCAUUUCAGGAACCUGCAGAUAAUGUGAGUAGAGGAUGGCUUUUAUAUAACAUGACGCAAAAAUUUUAUCAGUGUCGAGUAGAACAAUAUCAAACAGUCAGUUACAGAAAAGUGUAAAAAAAAAAAAACAACAACUUUAAAAUGGUGUCAAAUGAGCAGCUCAAAGAAGUCAUGUUGAUGAAAGCUCACUGUUAACUUCUGAAACUCCACUUUUCACAUUUGACAUAGAAAAAUAAACACAUGAUGUUAGGACACUGGUUCAUUUCUGUGCACACAAAGUGGAAAUGUGUUUAAUAAAUCACUUCAGAAGGAACCCACCCAGCUGAGUAUUUUAAGGUGAACUCAUCUUUUCACGCAUGUUAUUACCUACUUUCCACAUCCUGGUGCAGCUCAGCAUUGAGACUGAACACCUUUAUCUGUCUGUGACAAGCUGCUCACCUCAUCUCUGUCCAAAAUAACAAAUGUUUGUUUGCUCCACUGAGUAAACAGCAGGAUUUCUACAAAAGUUCAUCUCCUGUCUAUUUUUCACAGUCUGCACCAACAAACAUACAUGUCUGUGUUUGCAGACCCUCAUUGGACCAGAACAGAGCCCCAAGACCAGUUUCAGAAUUAACCCCAACUGGAAGCAGAAGCCUAAAAUGUAAUGUCCCUGCUUGAUGAUUUAUGCCGAUUGAUGCAAUGGUCCAUGCGGCAGAAAAUGAACCAGUGUAUUUUCCUCAAAACAGCAAUAAAAAGUCUCACAGCUGCCGAUAACAGCUUUUGUUUUAGAGCAGCAAAGAGCUCAAUUGUGCUUCCAGCAGAAAGUCAAGAGUUGGACGGAGCUGUCAGAAGAUCUACAAAUCCUUACUUAACACAGAUUUCAAGGCUUAUUUUGUACUUAAAAAUCAAGGUGAUGAAAAGGGCAGAUUUAUUUAAAAAGUGAAAAAUACGAGUCUCUAACUCUGACGUUAGCUUGGGUUCUUCUCAAGAAGCCCGGCCUGGAUCCUUCAGUGUAUUAAAACAGGCCAUUCAAGAACAGAAGAGAUCAUUUUUGUCCAGUGGUAGUUAUACAGAGCUGUUGAACAGUUAGUGUUUCGUGUCAUUUUUUUAAAGCAUGUGUGUUUUGGCAGGGAGGUUGUUCCUUCAGCUUGUAAUACCUGGGGUAGAAGUUUCCAUUCAGCUCAGCGGUGAAAGUAUUGCAGGUCAGUCUUGAUGUCAGACUGUCAAAGCAGACAGUAAGAGCCAAACUAAUCAGUCAAAUUGAUUUUCCAUCAUCAAGACCACUGCAGGAGCAGAGACUUCAAAUGUAAUCCCUCUUUGGGUCUUUUGUCUUUGUCGUGGACUGCUGCAGGUAAAAUCCCAUGAUCAUGUUCUGAAGCUGCUGGAUGAUCCCAAAUAUCCAAAUGUUAAACAAAGUGGGGAUGUCAGAGAGAGACUUUGUGAUUUCUAGACUGGCAAGUGAAGUGGAGGAUGGGACCAGUUCUGUUUGCUGGAAGUUCUUUGAGAUGUUUGGGAUGAAUUUCUCUCAUAAUUCUGACAUGGAAACAUUAAAAAGAGGCUUCACAGAGCAAAAUCUGAUUUAAGUCCUGGCAGCUCAGCUCCAGCUAAUCCAUUACUGUCCAUCCUACCUUCAGUGAAUGCGUCACAGGAGAGAUCUGAAGACCCAACACAUCAAACUGCAACAAUCAAGUCCACAGCAGCUGAAAAUGCCUAUCAUAAAACCGUGAACCCUCCAAAACAGACAUCACCAUCAUCAUAGUCUCUGUCACUCCAGAAAGCAAAGCCAGACCGUUCCUCUUUUCUAUUGACGUGAAUAUUUGCACUUCUGAACAUUUUUUUUUUUUUUUUACCAGAUUAAUGUGUAGAUAAGGGUUUGAAUAAAUUAGUGAUGAUCAAAGUUUAAUGAGCUCUAAUCCCAGUUUUAAUGCUCUCUGCUUUUCUGCUGCAGCUACAAGGAAUAUUUUUAUGAGCUAUCUGCAGAUCAGAGUGAAAUAAUAAGAUCUAUUAUGGGGCAGAUGUGUCGGUUGAAGCACUAUCAGGUAUUGGUCAGAUCUCUAUCUGCAGCUAAUGGAAAUGGAUCAGUGCAGACGGUUUUGAGCCAUCAGAUGGCAGUCCUGGUCCAGACACUCUGAGGCAGACUGGCACUAACUCUUAACCACAUAGACAGAGAUGUCGUGCUCUCUGUGUAGAAAUCAGAGGGGGGUGAAAAUGUUUCCUCAAAAUCCAUCAUACAACAGUUGCACUUUAAUUCAUUCGGCUUCUUUAAGUAUAAUUUUGAAAUUUAUUUGUGAAUUUUUUUUAAUGUCUUAGAAUUAUGUUUGUUCAAUUCAGUUUCAUUUUUGACCAUGAAAUCAAAAGUGAUGAUGACCAAGUAAAUCAAUACAGCCUUUUCAGACUGAUUGUUUGUGCAAUAUGAGCUGUUUUUCUUCUGUGAUGUUUCGAUCGUCAAAGUUUGGCUGAGGAGCUGUCAGGAAGAAAACAUGCAUCAGAAGAAAAUUAGCUAGAGUGUGAAGAAUAAGCUCUAUUCACCAGAAUGAUCUGAUUACUGUUGGGAGGUGAAUAUUUAGAUGAGCGGAUGACCCCACAGCUGCUAAAUAUAAAGAUUUGAUGUAGUUUAGAGUACCUUCUUUGAAUGAUUGUCCAGCACUCAAGUGAAGAGUCUGAUUUAAACUUUGAAAGAGGUGUCACAGUGACUGGACUUUGGAUGAUAAUAUGAAGGUCAUUCAUGAAUUUGACUGCAGGGGUACCUUUGAGUAAAGUCAGAAUUCAAAGAUGAGGCAGAGGUGAGGCACGUUUUGCCACACAUGAAGUUGUUUUUUUUUUUUUUGGCACAUGUCUGACUGCUGGCUGUUGAAAUCUUAGACAUUGGUUACUGUUUGCUGAUACUUUCAGAACAUGAACUGCAAACUGAAAAGGUGAAUUUCUUUGUUUCUCUUAAACCUUUAACAUUUUCUUGUGUCAGACUUUCUUCUCUGUAAAUUGCAUAUCUUGCUUGAAAUAUAAUACUAGAAUCCUUUCACGUAAAUGAGAGCUAUUUUUGCAUUUGACUGGAUUUGAACCUGCUUUUUUCACACAAGUCUUUCCUCAGUUGACUUUUGUUUUUCAUUCAAAUGAAGUAAUCUUUUAUACCUGAUUGUUACCUUCUCACCUCUGUAGCAGAACUCUUAGUUUCCUGUUAUGUUACAGUUUGUGUACACCAUAUUUAUUUGCCUGUUUUUUUCACUUCACAGUUAAACACAUUUCCCCAAGAAAUGUAAAUAUUCUAUGUUUUAUCCUUGUUUUUGUAUUGUUGCAUUUAAUAUACCUGUUAUUGCUCCUUGUUGAUGAUUUUUGAAGGCAGCCUUUAGGAGAUAAGUGGCAGCAGCAGCAGUAGCAGCAGAUUCCCAUAAAAAACAUGAUAAUGAAGCAUUGGUGAGUGUUACACUGUGAGGGUUACUGUGAGGGUUAUGCAUGAAGAACAAUGUUUUUUUUUCAUUUAUCGUCAAAAGGAGGUGGAUUAAAAGUGUCUGGUUUGAAAGGGUUAAAGGACCAGUUCAGAUUUUUGACUGAAGGAAGCUAUAUCCAGUUAAAGCAACAGGAAGUCACUGUCUGUUUGGACCAAACUGAACUGAACUCAUUCUUAGAUGUUAAGACACCCAGAAGACUGAUCCCAAGAGCUGCAGUGGUCUUCUGUUGCAUACUUAUACCAAAGGUAUCAAGACCUCCUGUACAACCUGAACUAGCUAAGCUGGUCAUAUCUAAUGGUCAUAGAUAGGUAUUAAAAUUUUUUAGACUUCCCUAACCAAAGGGGACAAGGACAUAAUUAAGGUGAAAUUAUGAUUAAACAUGAAAGGUCUGUUUUCUGUUGAUCAUGAGUGCCCCAGUUCUUAUGAAAGCACACUUUCACUGUUGAUCCUUGUAGCAAAGGCAUUCAUUUUAGACAACCAGCAAAACCAGCACACUAUAAAAACAGAAUUAGAAGUAAUGGAUGGUUGAUAUAAAGCAAGUGAAACUGUGCUUCCCACAAACAGAGGGUGAACUUCUUCAUAGGUGCGAUUUGCCAAAAAGUGUUCUUGAGCUGUCUGUUUAAGAAACAUUAGAUCUGACUAGAUUGAAAACCAAGUUGAUUUCACUUCACCUGCCUCAGCGACAAAGAAAAGAUGAAACAUUGUGGACAAUUUUGUGUUUUUUGGACUUGUUGAUUUCAAAUCUGCCUUCAGGUUGGUCUAAGGUGCAUCUUCUCUAAACAGUAUUAACAAUAAGAAGUGCACUUCUGCUUAGGAUGAUGAUGAUGAUGAUCGUGAUGAUGAUGAUGAUGAUGAUGAUGAUGAUAAUGAUGUCGGGCUUUUCCAGUUGUUAUACUGAUGGGGUUUUAUCCAAACACUGCAAGGAUGUUUUGUAGCAUUUUUUUCUGUUUCUGUUUCCCCUGAAAUAAAAUGAAAACACUGAA